GGAUCCGAUUACUUCAAAUCGCCACUGCCGUGCACCUCUCGAGUUUGGCCACCGACCCUGCCACCUGCCGUCUGAAGUCACAAAUACACCCGUGGACCUGAUUAGUUCGUGGAGCACACCACAAAACGUUUCCCACGAACUGUUCUCUCUUCAUUUUCCAUGCCAACCCCAUCUUAAUCGACCUGCCAAACCGAUUUCUUUUCACGUUCACAGCACUUUCAUCGCCCUUUCCGGUUAACCUGACCUCAUGCCUCAUUGAUCACGUUCUGGAAUCCCCAAGCAUGUCGAUCACAAACGAGAAACUAGAAGCGAAGGAGCCGGUGACGGUUACUGCAAGCGACUCUGAUGGCGGCCAAGUCAACCAUGUGCCAUCGGGUCCAAUUCCGGGCGAGAGCCUACCGGCCGACUUGCGCGAGACCGGCCAGGCACUCAACGUCACCGAAAUCGACCUGAUCGAGGCUAAAGACCUAGCCCGGACAUUCACAGUCGAGGACACCAAGCGCUUGAUGGAACAAGUCCAUAAGCAGCACUGUCGAGAUCCCAACUUCCCGAUCCAGAUUAUCGAGAAGAUCGAGGAAUUCCUUGGACAUGAUGAAGCUUUCACUGACCCGGAGAAGCAUGAACAACUCAUUGAGGAGAUGAAGAUCCAGGCGGCCCUCAUUACCAAUAACUCCCCCUAUGCCGAGGUGCGCGCUGUUGUGGACAACCAUGAUGACCCCACGCUCCCUGUGUCGACCAUCCGGGCUUGGGCAAUGGGCAUCUUCUUCUCCUGCUGCAUUUCCUUUGUCAACUCGUUCUUCGACGUCCGCAUGCCAAGCAUCGUCGUCAUCUCGACCGUCCCUCAGCUUCUCGCCUACCCCCUCGGAAGGUUCCUCGAUCGCGUGCUGCCGGACGUGGGUUUUACCCUGUUCGGUGUCCGCCACAGCCUCAACCCGGGUCCGUUCAACAAGAAGGAGCAUAUGCUGAUUACGAUCAUGUCCAACGUGGCCAAGAGCGUGCCCUACACCAACUACAUCAUCUGGAUCCAGGUUUUGCCGCAGUACUUCAACCAGCCGUGGGCCAUCAGCGUUGGCUACCAGACCCUGAUCGCCUUGUCGACCAACUUCAUCGGCUACGGCCUCGCUGGGAUCUGCCGCCGGUUCUUGGUGUAUCCGGCCUAUUGCGUGUGGCCAUCCUCCCUGGUGACCAUUGCGCUCAACUCUGCCUUCCACGACACAUCAACCGAGGCUGCAACGGUCGUGGGUCCAUUCAAGUCCAUAUGGAAGAUGUCUCGGAUCAAGUACUUUGGCUGGGCGUUUGGACUCAUGUUCGUCUACUUCUGGUUCCCCAACUACAUCUUUGCGGCACUGAGCUUGUUUGGUUGGAUGAACUGGAUUGCGCCUAGCAAUGGCGACCUCGCCGCCAUUACGGGAGUAUCGAGCGGCCUGGCUCUGAAUCCGCUGCCGACGUUCGAUUGGAACAUCCUCACAUUCAAUCUCGACCCCCUGAUGGUGCCUUUCUUCUCAACCUUCAACUUCUUCCUUGGCGCCUUCUUCGCCAUGUUCAUCAUCAUUGGAUUCUACUACUCCAAUGCGUUCAACACGGCUUACCUCCCGAUCAAUUCCAACCGGCCAUUCGACCACUUCGGCCAGGCUUACAAUGUCAGCUCCAUUAUCGAUGACCGGGGCAUCUUCGACGCCGAGAAAUACGCGGCAUACUCCCCACCGUUUUUGGCGGCUGGCAACCUCAUCAUUUACCUCUUCUUCUUCGCCGUGUAUACUGGCACCCUGACAUAUGGUGCUCUCUACCAUCGCCAUGAGAUCAUGCUCGGGUUUCGCGAGGCCUGGAAAAGCGUGAAGCAGUGGGCGGUCCGGGUUGCGCGACUGAGAGUCUCGAGCAGGGGAUCCGAAGCCGAGGACGAUGCGAAUCUCCUCGAUGUGCACAACCGGCUGAUGCUGGCCUAUCGGGAGGUGCCCGAGUGGUGGUACAUGAUUUGCUUAGCCAUUGCCCUUGGCCUCGGCAUGGCCGGUAUUGCGGCGUACCCGACGAGUACCACGCCCCUUGUGGUGCUGUACGGCAUCAUUCUCUGCCUCAUCUUCGUCGUGCCCGUCGGUAUCAUCAAGGCCAUGACGGGUGUCGAGGUUACUCUCAACGUGAUGGCGGAGUUCAUUGGCGGAGUGUGGGUGCAGGGCAACGCCAUCGCCAUGUGCUUCUUCAAGUCGUACGGUUACGUCACUUGCGCGCAUGCUCUCUCGUUCACGCAAGAUCUGAAGCUAGCCCACUACCUCAAGAUCCCUCCACGCUUCACCUUUUGGGCGCAGAUGGUGCCCACGCUGGUCUCAACAUUCAUCAGCAUUGGGGUCCUGCAGUACCAGGCCCACAUUGAAAAUAUCUGCACGAAGCACGCGCCGUUCCGGUUCACGUGCCCGGGAAUCAACACCUUCUUCACCGCUGCGGUGUUCUGGGGAACCGUGGGCCCGCGCAAGAUGUGGGGUGUGGGUGGGCAGUAUGCCGUCACACUCGUCGGCUUCCCCUUGGGUGUUGCUCUCGUUGUCAUCUUUUACCUGCUCGGCCGUAAGUGGCCCAAGAACGCCAUCAUCCGAAACGCCCAUCCGGUCGUGAUGAUCAACGGUGCGCUGUCGUGGGCGCCGUACAACCUCGCCUACAUCUGGCCGGCCGUGCCAGUCUCGGCAUUCUCAUGGUUGUAUCUGAAGAAGCGGUAUCUGGGGCUGUGGUCCAAGUACAACUUUGUCACUUCGGCAGCCUUCUCGUGCGCCAUCGCCCUCAGCGGCAUCGUCAUAUUCUUCGCACUUCAGAUCUGGGAGGUCGAGUUGGACUGGUGGGGCAACUCGGUUCUGGGCGAGGGAUGUGACGGGUCAGGAGACUGCGUCCGCAAGGUGCUCGCUGAAGGCGAGUACUUCGGCCCCAGAAUCGGUGAAUUCCACUAGGUGGCUUUCGCGAGCUAUUUCAUUGCUGUCACUGUACUCACUUUUGCUUUUCCUUCUCAUCCUUGUCAUUUUCUUCUUUCGGUGGGCGGUGGUUGGGUUUGAUCUCUGGCAUUCUUAGAUAGCUCAUGGAUAGCUCUCAAUCUAGAGUCUGUAUGUCUGGGACUCUGGAUAUAUUGGCAAAGCAUCGCAUAAUGUUGAUGACCAGGUAUUGUCGCUUGGGUGGGUAGUCAGGCACAUGGUAACACUUCGUCGGGUCAGAUUGUUCUGGUUCCGGGACGCCUUUGUGAGGUGAGGACUGAAGAUUGUUCAAAGUGAAAGGGAGAGGUUGCACCUUGACGGCUUUAGCCGAGUGCCAAACCCGCC